AUGACUCAGCCACCCCAGGAGGGCUUCGACAGGAGCGUGGAGGAUGCCCGGGAGUGGAUGAAGGCCAUGCAGGAGCGACUGCAGUUCAACGACAACACCCAGGGGCCCCGGGCGGCCCUGGAGGCCAGGCUGCGGGAGACUGAGAAACUAUGCCAGCUAGAGCCGGAGGGGCGCGUGAAGGUGGACCUGGUGCUCCGGGUGGCGGAAACCCUCCUGGGGUGUUGCCGUGAGGACCAGAAGCCCGAGAUCCUGGCCCAGCUGAAGGACAUCAAAGCCCAAUGGGAGGAGACGGUCACCUACAUGACUCACUGUCACAGCCGCAUCGAGUGGGUGUGGCUACACUGGAGCGAGUACCUGCUGGCUCGAGACGAGUUCUACCGCUGGUUCCAGAAGAUGAUGGUGGUGCUGGAGGCCCCCGUGGAGCUGCAGGUGGGCCUGAAGGAGAAGCAGUGGCAGCUGAGCCACGCCCAGGUGCUGCUGCACAACGUGGGCAACCAGGCCGUGCUCCUGGACCGGCUGCUGGAGGAGGCGGCCUCCCUGUUCAACAGGAUCGGGGACCCCAGUGUGGACGAAGAUGCCCAGAAGAGGAUGAAGGCCGAGUACGGUGUGGUGAAGGCCAAAGCCCAGGACAGAGUGAGUCUGCUGGAGCAGAUGACCCGGGAGCAUGAGCAUUUCCAGGCAGAUGUGGACGAGUUCCAGCUGUGGCUGAAUGCGGUGGUGGAAAAGGUGAGCAGCUGCCUGGGACGGAGCUGCAAACUGUCCACCCAGCACUCUCUCUCCAUGCUGCAGGACAUCGCCAAUGAUUUUCCCCGGGGUGAGAAGUCCUUGAGCAGGCUGGAGGAACAGGCUGUGGGCGUCAUCCAGAACACCUCUCCUCUGGGUGCAGAGAGGAUCACCGAGGGACUGGAGGACAUGCACAGAGUUCUGGAGAAGAUGCGCGUCCUCCGGGAGGAGGAGGAGGAGCGGCUGCAGGGCCAGCUCAGGUCCAUGGGGGCCAGUGAGCAGCAGUGGCGGCAGCUGGAAGCCGAGCUGGGAGAGUUCAGGAAGGACCUCCAGAGGCUGGCCAAGGAGGGCCUGGAACCCGCAGCGAAGGCGGGGACCGAGGACGAGCUGGUGGCCCGCUGGAGACUCUACUCGGCGACGCGGACAGCGCUGGUGGCCGAAGAGCCCCGGGUGGCCCGGCUGCAGGCCCAGCUGAAGGAGCUCAUCACCCUCUCCCGUGACCCGCAGCCUCUCUCCGACAGCGUGGUCGCUGCCCUCCAGGAGUUCCAGAGCAUGAAGGGGAAGAGCACCAAGCUUCGCAAUGCCACAGGGCUGGAGCUGUGGCAGUGUUUCCAGCGGCCUCUGCAGGAUCUGCAGCUGUGGAGGGCCCUGGCCCAGAGGCUCCUGGAUGUUACCGCCAGCCUGCCAGACCUGCCCUCCAUUCACACCUUCCUGCCCCAGAUCGAGGCGGCCCUGGCUGAAAGCUCCCGCUUGAAGGAGCAGCUGACGGCGCUGCAGCUGAAGAAAGACUUGCUGAGGAGCGUCUUCGGCCAGGACAGAGCGGCGGCCCUCUUGGAGCAGGUGGUGAGCUCCGUGCGGGACCGGGACCUGCUGCACAACAGCCUUCUGCAGAGGAAAAGCAAGCUGCAGAGCUUGCUGGCCCAACACAAAGAUUUUGGGGCUGCUUUUAAGCCCCUCCAGAAGAAGCUCUCAGACCUCCAUGGCAGGGUCCAAGCUGAGAAUGGGCUUCAGCAGGACCUUCCUGGGAAACAGGCCCAGUUUUCAAGGUUGCAGGGGCUGCAGGAAGAGGCACUGGACCUGGGGGCACAGAUGGAGGCCAUGAGGCCUCUUGUCCAGGGGAACCCCGGCCACCAGCACAAAAUGGACCAGAUUUCCACCGACUACCAGGCCCUACAGAGGUCUCUGGAGGACCUCAUGGACAGGAGCCAGCAGAGUGUGCGGGAACACUGCACCUUCCGCCACGAGCUGCUGGAGCUGCGACAGUGGAUUGCCAUGGUCACUCAGAAGCUGGAAUCACACCAGGAGGAUGUGGGCACAUGGGACGCCCAGUCCCAGGAGGUCAAAGUCGAGAGGCUGCUGGCUGAACUCCCGGAGAAGGAGGCCCAGCUGCCCCUGGUCGAAGCACACGGCCGGCUGGUGAUGAAGAAGUCUUCUCCGGAAGGGGCUGCCAUCGUCCAGGAGGAGCUAAAGGAGCUGAUGGAGUCGUGGCAGGCCCUGAGGCAGCUGGAGGAAAGCCUGCUGAGCCUCAUCAGAAACCAGCAGCUGCAGAAGACGGAAGUGGAUUCAGGGAAGAAAAUGAUUUUCACCAACAACAUCCCGAAGGCCGGGUUUCUCAUCGAUCCUGUGGAUCCUGUUUCCAGGCGUCCCCAUCGGGCAAACCCACUCCAGGAAGAAGGCAGCCAUGAAGGUUUCUCCCAACUCCUGAGGGACUUCGAGCAGUGGUUAGAGGUGGAAAAUGCCAAGCUGGUUAGAAUCAUCGCAAUGAGAACGGCCACUGCCAAGGAUUUGGAGACCAGGGAAACGAAGCUGCAGGAGCUGGAGGCUCGGGUGCCAGAAGGUCAGCAUCUCUUCGAGAACCUCCUCCAUCUCGGGCCAGCAAGGGGGACCUCCAACGAGCUGGAGGACUUGCGUUACCAGUGGAUGCUGUACAAGUCCAAGCUCAAGGACUCUGGCUACCUGCUGACACAGAGUUCUCCAGGGGAGCCGACUGGAUUCCAGAAGAGUCCGCGGUGGCCGGCGUGGUGGCGAGGACUCCGCUCCCUCUUCCCGAGGGUGUGCUGCGUGGCGCUCCCCCUGCAGCUCCUGUUCUUACUCUUGCUGCUCUUCCUGCUCCCUGUAGGGGAGGACAGCCGCGGCUGCUCCAUGGUCAACAACUUCGCCCGCUCCUUCAGGCUCAUGCUCCGCUACAGCGGCCCGCCGCCCACCUGACCCCAGGUGGCCC